AUGAAGGAUGUGGCGGUCGAGGACAUCUUUACACUCGAUCCGGAAGAAGUGUUGUGGGAAGCCAAACACAAGAAGAGCCUCAACCUCAUACACUUCUUCAACCAACCGUCGGCGAUGGAGACGCUUUUGGCCAGCCUCCAAAACGACAACAAACCGUUCGUGCUGUGCGAGAUGCUCGAGCGGAAACGAACUAGCGAGAGCCCAGAGGAGCGGGAAGCAAUCGACUGCAAGAUCAAAGCUGCUCACAUCAGCGGGGAGCUUCUUGUGACCGAGGCGCAGCAAGGAGGUAUCUUCAACGAAGAGAACGUGAUCGACUACCUGCUCACCCAGGACUCCUGCCAUUUUGUGGAUUGCAUCAUCAACCGACUGCACCAGGAUGGGAUGCUGUGCUUCCUUCGAUCCUUCGUUUGGCUGUUGAGCCCAUACUCGGCCAAGUCCAAGGAAGAACCCACAGAGCCACGGAUCAUGGCAGCUGACACCUUCCACCAGGUGUGGGCGCACUCUAUCCAGCUGCUGACCGAGUUGACGCUCAUUUCGCUGCGGCACCUUACCGGCAACCUCCGACCCUUGAAAGCAGUAGAGGAAGUCAUCGCGUCACCCUGGCUCAGGCAAUUCUUCACGCUGACCUUCUCGCUUUCGGGCGACGAUGACUAUAUCCCGGGGAUCUUCCUGAUGACCAAGCUGCUAAAGCACGAGGCGGUCAAACUCAAGGCGAGGCGAGGAACCAACAAUUCAACAACAGCGGGCUCUGCCGAUGGCGAUCAACGACGAGAGUUGGACGUCGUUCCGUCUCCUCUUGCGCGACAUACCGCCGCACACAUCGACCACAUUGCCGACAUUCUUCGCGGUCCAGCUGAUCUGUUCUUCGGCUUUGUGUGUAACAAUAUCGCCCAGAACAUCAUCCGAUCGACCAUUGUGACUCUCUUUAGUACAACUGGCCCCGUGCAGGUCAAACUGAUGGUACUGCAAGAUGCUGGAUUACUCAAGAGGAUCGUGGAAGCGAACGCGGGUAACGAGGAAGAUAUCCGAAAGAAUGCUGGACGGAGAGGGUACAUGGGCGCCAUCACGCAAAUCGCUUCGGCGCUCGUUAACUGUGCGACCAACGAAGAGGACGUGCGGCUUGCCAUGCAAAACAACCACGAAUGGAACGCCUACGUCAUGGGUACCCUGGCUGCUACUUGCGAGCUGCAAGAGUCCAUCAACGAGUGCUACCAACCGCCUGAAAAGAACCCAGCGAGCUCGAUCGCUUCGCGCGGCCUGAUGAAGGCUGCUCGACUAGCGGACAAUGCAACGGCCGUCAAUGGGAUGUCCAGGAAACCAAUCAUCACCAGCGCCGCGGCCGCCAAGCCGAGCGCCGCACCAACGGCGCGUGCUUCGUCGGCCAUCGCCGAGGCGAUCAGGAAGGCGCGGGAGGAGAAGCGAGCCACCGCCCGAGCCGCCGGCGGCAGAGCCAAGCACGGCUUUCGCAGGGGCAGCAAGGACCGGUCAUCAUCCUUCCCCGAGGUGGAGCUCUUCAUUCCGGCCAGCAUGGCGUCGACCAGCGCCGCCGACAAUAUUACUGGCCCGGGUGGUGAGGCUGAGCAAGCCAGCAACGGUCAUUGCCAGGAGGACAAUGUCGCUGUAGAAGGAGAAGCCAACGGUACCGGUUCGCAGGACGAGAAGGAGAACGCCAGGGACCAUCAGUGCCUUAACGGUCAGAACUCGGUCUGA